GCCACAGUUGAUUCCCAGUGAGUGAGGACUAAUGCAUAGUUAAACAAAGCAUACUGAAACGUGUAGUCACUCCAGAGUGGCAAUCGUGGAAGAAUCUUGAUGCGGUGGAGAACGUGUUGAGUGAUACAUAAAAAGGCAUUUUGAAAGAAACCAGUACUGUUUGUGCUUCGUCUUUUUAGAGUACGGGUUUAAUUGUAUUCCUAACGCAGUAUAUUGAGAUAAACGCAUAGCCUUGCUGAAGAUGUGUCAGCCUUUUUUUGAUGUUGUUGUUGGCUUGUGUUUUAUUUAUAUUUUAAUUCUCUCACCAGUGUUUGUGACAUUGACAUCCGUGGAGUAGAACAGGCAUUAACACUUUCCUGUACAUGCAAUCUUCGAUUGCUUAAAACAGCUGAACUCAGUGUUUUAUUUUGCUUUCAUUGUGUAUGUUUUGCUGGAUGUGUUAUCUGAAUUUUCAGUGUUGCACCAUACCUCGACUCUUACAGUGCCGGAGCAAAUGUUUGUAAAGGCUACAUGUGGUAGCAUAUGGUACCGGUCUGUGGGGACACCGCAUCACAUUGAUAUGACACAAGAGUUUGUGCACGUAAGAAACUCCACAGAUAACCAGUCAUCAUUUAUCUCCAGUAUCUCAGAUGAUAAAUAGCCUGCGCAAGUAACACAGCCGGAUUAUCGCUAAAUUUAAGCGUGACACGGGGAACGGUGCAGCCCUGAAUUUUUGGUUAGUUGCGUAAAUAAGGUGAACUGCAAUUCAAAAUUGACAUACCAAAUGUACCUUAUACUUGUGUAAACUGAGAACAUUGGAGCUUGGAGAGCAGAAUGUAUUUGUACGAGAGAUAGCAUCUGACACGUCAGAUAACGUUUUAUGUGGACUGACGAGUGAACUCGUAUGCUAAUCGCACUUCACGGGAUUGUCCUUCGUCAUUGCAGCUGUAUCAGUAGCAGUGACGUGUUGUGUGCCGUAUUUCUCAGUAUGCACAUUUGUUUGUUUCUUCCGUGUUGUUGUUAUUGACGAGUCUGAAAGAAGAGGACUGAAAACAGAGCUGAAAUUCUACAGCUGCAUCGCGCCGUCAGUCGUUCUGAAGUAUGCGAAGUGAUGUGUUGGUGGAAGAAGAGCUGGAAGGAUAUUGAGAACACUGGAAGGUUACAGCUCAAGAGCAUCAUUGGUAAUUCCAUCCUUAAGAGAGAAAUUAAUUGUCGUCUUAAUGAGUAAAGAUGUCGGCAAAGGACGAGCUGUUGACGCAUCUGAGCCGGCCCGGCUCUGAGGCAAUGUCUAACCACCAUCAAAGACCCACAGAGAAAAUUAAUAGUUGUAUAACACUCCAGCUGAAGGCGGAAGGGCCUACCAUAGAUAACUGUGGCUGUUUGAUUGAAGAAUUAAUCGAAAUCCAGCCUAAAGAAGCACUACUUUACAAUGGAACUGUAGAUAAUUGCAGCUUGGAUAGUAUCCUUAGGACAACGGAAGGUGUGAACUUGAACGGCACAGAGUCAAGUUGUCGGAACGGACAUGAAGUGAUCUGCCUUAGAGAUUCAGAUACUAGCGUGACAUCCCUAGAUUCUUCUUAUAGCACGUCAUAUGACACACAUUUACACAGCGAAUCGCUUGAUUUGCACAGUUCAGACAUUUCAUCAAAUAAACUUGAAGCGCUGAGUCUGCAAAACACACUCCAGGCUUUGAAUGGAAUUGACCAGCCUUCUCCUUCCACAGCAUCAUCAGAUACAGUGACACCAAUUGGUCUGGCACCUACAGACUCGAAGCAGACGUCCCAGCCUGUUUCAAGUGUUCCCACCCAUACCAGAAAUUUGUCACAAACGACAAACCAGUUGACAAACCUAACAGAUAAUUUUGGAGACACCAGUCUUGUGAGAAACUUGUUGGAAGGGUCAGACGUGAAGAAAUUGCCAGAUUCUUAUCCUGUGAAUAAAUCUGGAACUGUAUAUUCGAAGAAUAUGCCAGACAUGUCUCAGAUCAACUCAUCAAACGAGGAUGAAUUAUUAAUUUCAGAAGACGUGACAAGUUCGACUGGACAUGAUACAGCGCCAGAUGAUCCAGAUGUGAAAAAGGAAACUGCCUUUGAGUGUUCACCCAAUCAAUCCCAGUGCUCAGGAAUAGUUUCAUACCUCGCCAGUAUGGAGCCUGACAACCAAUCACCACAUCUGACACACUCCGUCUAUCCUGGCUGGAAACUGGAUCGACGUGAAUCAGGCCACCUCUACUGGCGAAGAGAUUCUUCAACGUUGAACGGCGUUGAUCCCAGCAGUCGUGUAAAAUUUCGUUACCACAUUGAAGUACGCGAGUUCGAAUCUCGAAGUAGUGAAGCUGAAGAUUUAUCCGAAGGAGAUGACGAUGAUAUGUACGAUGAUAAUGAUGACGACAGCGAAUUUGAGGUUCAAGAGACAGGCGGAUACAGUAUUUCUGACUCUCUGACUUUUGAUGAGCCCUCAUCUCUAGGGUCAGCAGCUGUUAUAGGUGGUGUUGCAAUUCUUGCAAUGAUUGUGAUGGCUUCCUACCGCUGGCUGUUGGAUUCGCUGCAAGUAAUUUGAUUCCUUGACACCAGAAUAUGUAAGACAGUGAUUGCAAGAAAUUGUAUUAUAAUUGUUGUCAAUGUUGAAGUCACAUUCCUUAUUCUGUAUUUAUUAUCAGACUAAUAUAAGUUGGUACACGCAAA